GGAGGAGGGCAAGGACGAGAAAGACGCGACCAAGGCUGCCGCAUAAACACGUUUCUGCAGGCUCCAAAGCACAAACCCUUCCGGGCGCCUUGUGCAAAAUCCACUCGUCCUGCUUGGACCCGAGAAUACGGCCCAGGCGAUUGAGAGAACUAGCAAGUGGUAAUGCGAUUCAGAUAUGUUUCGGGAGCCGGCGAGCUAUUGGCAAGCUAGGAGGUUAGGUUACCUGGUACUUAACGCUGGAUUCCGAUUAAAAAUUUAUGAAGUAAUUAAGCAUGUUCUGCUAGACAAUGGUGCCGGGAUUCAUACGAGCUCGACGGGCAGCAAGGAUCACUUUGAAGAUUGGUGCAAAUCCCCAUACAUUGAUUGACCUUAUGUAUCCUGGCUACACAAUCUAUGUCGUCCUACACGGUCUGUCUACGGGCCACGAAGACCUGCUUAUGCGCAGCGAAUGUCUUAAAUUUCGGCAAGCUGGGCAGCCGCAAUUCCCCAUACCCUACGUGAUUGGCCACGACCGAAUCCCCGAACCUAAGUCUACACGUUCGCGGCUCAACUUGGGCAAGUCUGCGCCUGUCCAAUACUCACAAUCACGGGCACAGAACAACCAGUCGUCCUGGACCGCAGCGGAUGCGGCCAAGGCCUCGAAGAACGGUGCAUUUCUUACUGCGUGGCCCCCCGAAGAGCCCUAUCAUACCCCAACUGUCGACCUCUUCGGCCAGGGGCAGAACCAGAAUGGGUCAAGAAGGUCCUAAAGAAUAGUUCCCCUACACGAUAGUAUACGAGCUCUCAGGAACUCGAUCAGGGGUAGUGGUGUUGGCAAGCGGAAAUGAGGAGUAUAUCUGGCACCCCCUAUGAAGUUAUCCAUGUUUAAAUUCGCACUCUUAUGCAGUUUCAUGUCUCUCUAAGCGGAUAGAGGAAGGGGAACAAAGUCUAAUAGCUUGAAGAGUUCUACAGACUGUUUACGGCAUCUAUCAAUCACGCAUUGUAGAAGGGGC